ACACACACACACACACACACACACACACACACACACACACACACACACAUAGGCGUAUAUAUUUCCAAACAUGAAUUUUGCCCCUUCUUCUACUACUCCUCCACCACCUCGUUCUCAUCCUUUCCCACCAAUCGCCUUCACUUGAACAGCCACCAAGAGGACAAGACUACAGUCUGCCUGCGAGCGGUUAAACGGAAUCAAAACAAUCCGGAGAACAGCAUCAAGAGGACUGCAUCUGGACCUGGACCAGGACCAGGAUGCUACUUCAAUACAGAGUCUGCUAAACGAUCCCGACAGCCGCUGUCAAUAUGUUCAGGAGAGGUUAUGGUGGGGUGGAGUUACUGUUGGUGUUGUGUGGCCUGGAUCUCUCUAUGCCCUGUCCUCGCCACUGCAUCUGCUACACUUCACCUAGCACCGUUUCCUGCCAAGCCCACAACUUCCAUGCCGUGCCCGAGGGCAUCCCUGCUCAGAGCGAGCGUGUCUUCUUGCAAAACAACAAAAUUCAACGGUUACUCCGUGGUCACUUCUCGCCCACCACCACUAUGUUGUGGCUUUAUUCCAACAACAUCUCCUACAUACAGCCAUCCACCUUCCAUGGUUUUGACCGUCUAGAAGAGCUAGACCUGGGGGACAAUCAGCACCUAAAGGCUAUUGCUUCUGACACCUUCCUGGGCCUGGGUCGGCUACAUGCCCUGCACCUGUACCAUUGCGGCCUGAUCAGCCUGCCUGCAGGGAUCUUUUCGGGCCUAAAUAAUCUCCAGUAUCUCUAUUUACAGGACAACCAGCUAGAGUUCUUGGAGGAUGAUCUGUUCAUCGACCUGCUUAACCUCAGUCAUCUUUUCCUGCAUGGCAAUCGACUAUGGAGUCUUCGCCAAAACACUUUCAGAGGUCUGGGGGUCUUAGACCGGCUUCUUCUGCACCAGAACAAAAUCCAGUGGGUUGAUCGUCAGGCUUUUCAUGACCUGCGGCGUCUCACCACCCUAUACCUGUUUAAUAACUCCCUAACUGAGCUAUCUGGUGCCACCAUGACUCUGCUGCCAGCCCUGGAGUACUUGCGUCUCAACGACAACCCCUGGGAGUGUGACUGCAAGGCCCUGUCACUAUGGGAUUGGCUGCGGCGGUUCAGAGGCUCCACCUCCUCACUGAUGUGUGUUUCACCACCAGAGCUGACAGGAAAGGACCUGAAGACGCUGAAGAAAGAGGAGCUUCCCAGCUGCCUGUCCGGGCAGGGUCACCCACACGGCGCCCCUGGUGGAGAGAUGGAGCACGGAGAGUCUUUAAACCACCUGAAUCGUCACAGAAACCAUCACAACCAUCAUCAGCGGCCAUACAUGCCCCAUGGGGACCAGUACAGCUUGCCUUCACCCUCACCCCUGCCACGGCCACCCAAGGGAAGCCGCAAAAACUGUACCCGCCGGGGACGCAAGACAAAAGGGGGGGUCAAUGAGGUGCAGGUACUUCAGGAGGGGGCAGAAAAAGACUAUACUCCAGAUGGAGAUAAAUAUGACAUGUCUGGAGGAAGAAGGAGGAACAAGUGCAUCCCCAGAACUUCUGUUGGCCCACCAAGUGGGGUCCAAAGAGCUACUAAUAAAGCAGGUUCACACCUUGCAGAAUACAUUUCCUAUUUCUCAUCAGCUCUCAUGCUGUCAGUCUAUUUUGUGAUCUUACGCUGAGACACAAGAUGAAUUUGUUUGUGCUGGUGAUGCAACUUUAUAAAUCAUCAUCCUGAAACACCCUGUCCUGGCUCUUCAAGGAAGCAUGAAUGGAUAACUGUGCAUAAAGAAGAUUCUUGAGUAUCCCUACAGAAUCACUGCAGGGACCCUUAUCAUAAUCAGUACACGGAAGUCAGGGAAAACAAUUAAGCCCAUCGUUUUGAUGAUGUCAGCAAGGGAAGCAACAGGAAAACUUUGCCUCUUUGGCAUCUGCUUCUUCAUUGAAUUUAUGUUCCUAUAAACACUGUACAGCCACAUAAAAUAAUGAGCCAAUAAUUCAUUUUAAUAAAAGAAAGAGCACAUAGUACAUAUCAAAACAGUUAACCCUCUUGACUCCAUGGCAUUUUCUAAGCACAACCUUGAUCUGUCACUCAAGACAAAAUCAUUUAUAGCGAUCUCUGCUCACUGAGCAGUACCUUAAGAUCAAGAAAAAAAGUUCUACACACACAAGUAGCAGUGAAAUGAGUCAUUGUGAAGGGUUUUACCAGUAAUAGCUAUAAUCACUGUCAAUCUACUGAUAGAGUGGCUUUACUCCCACAUAUCAUGACAGCUUUAAUGCUUGUCUGUAUUGUUAGCAUCUGAAAAACACAGCUAAAAUUGUGACACAAUAACAUAACCGCCAAAUCUUUAAACCAGUCCUGUUGAAGAUCAUUGUUUGUUCUCAUAUUUGCAUCCCAACCUAAAAAGCCAUUCAGAACUAACAAAUCAUUUUAAUAGCCAGCAUAUCCCAUCCUGUGUGAAUGAGAGUGAAGAUCUUUGUUCCUGUUUGUAUAAGGUGUCCAUGAAAAAACACAAAACAAUUAAAAUUACAACUAACACUGAAGCCAUGUGGAUAGAAUGAAGCCUGACAUCAAGAGUGCCUAAAGGAAGCCAGUUUCAAUAGGGACAAACUAUUGAGGCAAGAGACGGUUUCAUUCGCUCCUCAUCCUUACUGGCUUCAAAAUACAGGCACCAUCUCUACAGGCCAAGGAAUAGCUGGGGCUCCAACUUGACUCAUAAAACUUUGGAUUCCCUGAAAUUGAUAUGCACUUUCCUCUGUAAUGCAGUGAUAUCAUUCACAGAAAUGUUUCAGAAUCAGGAAAAACAACCUACUUUUAUUUGUAAGUACCAGUGAGGGGGACCCUCCAGGAGAAUAUG